AUGAAGAAACUUGUACAGGCAGCUUGCGGUGGCCUGAGAUGGAUCGAAGCCAAGAACAUGGCUCAAUAUAUUGCGAAACGCGCGAUAUCUGAGGGGUUUCAUUCAACAAAGAAACAACAAAAAGCUUUAGGUGUUUUCCCCAAGAAGUCAUCCGUUGAGUGCAACAAGCGGAAGGUGCAACAUGAUGCUCUGACACUCGCCCCAGCGAAUCAGCUUAUUAUGUCUUGUGCAAAAAAGCAGCGUCUGAUAUUGUACGACGUUUUGGACUGCACAUUUGGGUCGGGUUACCACACAGGUGCUGUCUUAGAAAAUGGGAGCCCAUAUACCCGUGUUAUAGCGUUGGAUUGUGAUGUAGCAGCUAGGGCCAAUGCACGAGAAAUAGUUAGUGAGUUUGGUGACGAUCGUUUUUGCUUUUACUGCAAUCGCAUGUCAGAGUCAUUGAGCAUGUUUGGGGAGCGCUCAUUCGACACAGUAAUUAUUGAUUCUGGACCCUCAACAAUACAACUAGCGGAUCCAGGGAGGGGUUUUUUACUUGACAGUGAUCACUGCCACGAUUUCGAUCUUCGUUAUGCCAUUAGUAGUGGUCUAAAUGCUUUACAGUAUCUGAAUACUGUGCCUCAAAGCACCUUAUCCAAUGCUCUUAAAUCCUACGGCUUACUUUCACCUGAGCAAUCUAUGAAAAUGGCUCGUGCAGUGCGCACUGGAAGACCAUUUCAAAACUCUAGCCACCUCUUAGACGUUGUCACAACGGCAGGGUUCGGACUCCCAGAGGAUGGAUGGACGUUGCAGGGUAGCUGGAAAAAAACAUCCAUGUCAUGGAAGUUUUUGACUUCACUUCGAUGCAUUAUCAAUAACGAGAUGACUGAGCUGACAGAAGCAGUCAAAAAUGCUUUUCUCAUGCUACGAAACAAUGGUCGCUUGGUCGUCAUCUCGCGCCUACGUUGGGAGGAAGAGCUUAUCAGCAAACUCAUCCAAUCUCAUCCUCACGCGAUUUUGUCUUAUAAAGAGGAUAUUGAUUUAGACGAAGUGCAGCGAUAUGGACACACACGCCACACAAAGAUGUGGGUGGCCUCACGUACCGACAAGUCGGCAUACGUUUUAAAGAACGCAGUUUCGCUCACCGCGGAGGAUAUCCGGAAAAGUUCGGUCCAAUGGAUGGCUGGCACGUUCGCCGGUCAAACACACGGGUUUCCCGCACAUAACUUUACUUUUGAACACAUGGAUGCGAAAGAGCGAAGGGUGAAGAGACGCAACGAAAGACCGCCCCCUUUUGAUGACGAUAGCGACCGCUGA